AUCAGUUUAAACUUAGCUAUUGAGUAGAACAGACGUUUUAAAAUUUACAUCUAGAAUUCAUUUCUAUAAUAAACUUUUAUGCAAGUUUUUAUUGCAACAAUAAUAUCGAAUACUGAAUAUCGAAUGAAAUAACACAAAACAAAACAAAUUAACGCCUUACAAAGAAAUUACUUGAAAUACACACCGCAAAGGCAAACUACACGGAUAGCUGUAAUCUAUAUUCGCAUUCCAAGUUUUUUUUCUUUUCACAUAGCAUUGAUAUACAAAUUGUAGUAAAUUUCGCAUCAAUACAUAGAAAAAGUAUCAGGAAAUAAAAUUAUUCCUUGUUCCCUGGAGAUACAUUUCUCAAUAAAAUCCAAAAUUUGAGAAAUUAUAAUUCUUUUUCUAUUGAAAUCGUUACGAAUAAAAGGAAGUUUUCGCAUUGAGUCGACAGUACAAAGUACAGUAGCACUUCAUCUCUUCAUUUGUGAAAAAUUAUACCAACGUUUUCGAAGUAACCGUGUGAUAAUUCAUAUAAAAAGUAUUACAGUGUUUGUAAUUAGUUAAUAUAUAUUUUGUAUUCUGUGACACGAAUUUUCUCUUUUUUUCUGAGAAUAUCCAACGUAGUUAAACCAGUCGUCGUAAAUCAUGUCAUCAAUGAUAAAGUUUUCAGGUUUCAAAAAUUUAAUCAGAAUUUGCUUCGAAAAACUCAAUCGAAAUGCGUGAACUAGCAUCUAGAAUUUGUCGAGACUACCUCACUGGGGCAUGGAAAACAAUAUCAGCAUCAGAUUUACACAUUAAACGAAUUAGUGGUGGUCUUUCAAAUUUUCUCUACUACGUAAGUUUACCCGAUGAUAUUGAUUCCUGUCAUAAGGUAAAAAAUAUCAAACGUGCUAGAAAGGAUACAACACCACAAGAACCGAAAGAAGUGCUAUUACGCAUUUACGGUCGCACGCAUGGUGAGCAGCAACUUGAAACGGUACUAACUGACACAGUUGUAUUUACCUUGCUCAGUGAACGAAAAUUGGGUCCAAAACUGCAUGGCAUUUUCCCUGGUGGCAGAAUUGAACAAUAUAUUCCGGCACGACCAUUAACAACGAAUGAAUUAAGUGAUGCAAAAAUAUCAUGUAAAAUAGCGGAGAAGAUGGCAAAAAUACACAAAUUAAGUAUACCUGUAUCAAAGGAACCUGAUUGGCUUUGGAUCACGAUGGAUCGAUGGCUUCAAAAUGUUGAAGAUGUUUUAAAAAAUUACACAACAAAAAAUACACACGAAUUGAAAAUAAUGGAGACAGUACGAAAAAUUGAUUUCAAAAAAGAGCUGGUAUGGUUGAAAUCCGCGGUAGAAGUACAAGAGUUUCCAGUAGUAUUUUGCCACAACGAUCUUCAAGAAGGAAACAUUCUCCUAAGAGAGCAAUCAAGCAGUUUAUCGUCACCCAGCAGCUCAACAGAACAGCUCAGUUCAUUUUUCGAUGACACAACCAUAUUAGAUGGACACUUUGAUCGACAUGAUAAUUUCAAUGGAAAUUUAAAUCCAAUCAACAAAAUGCAUUCAAGAAAGCGCUCAUUAAGUGACAGCCAAGAUGAAGACUUGGAUAAUACGCGAGACUCAUUACUCAGUGACCAAUCACAGUUCUCUGCUGAAACAAACAAUGAACCAGAAUUAAUGAUAAUUGAUUUUGAGUAUUGUGCCUACAAUUAUCGAGGAUUUGAUUUGGCAAAUCAUUUCAUUGAGUGGAUGAUGGAUUAUACGAUUAAAGAGUAUCCAUUUUUUUCAUAUGAAAGCGAUAUGUAUCCAAACAAAGAGCAACAGGAGCGAUUUUUAAGAGCAUACUUAAUUGAACUGUCUUCAAAUCCCGAUUACAUACCAGCUGCGUCUGAAAUCGAUGAGCUAAUAAAUGAAGUCUUAUGCUUCACUAUGGCAUCUCAUUUUCUCUGGACACUAUGGUCAUUUGUUAAUGUUCAUCAAGAUAUUGAAUUCGGAUAUUGGGACUAUGGACAAAAGAGAGCAACUGCAUAUUUUGCCGCAAAAGAAACAUAUAUGAAAGCCAAAGGAAUAGAUUCUAAACGAACACAUACACUAGAUGAUCGAAAAUGAGUGAAGUGAAAUUGAAAUUUCGAAACGCAUAACUUUCGUUAAAAUUGUGUAAUUGAAAAUGAUAAUCGAUGCAUUUUUGUAAUUCCACAUUGUCAACCGUGGAUAUGUUUCAAAUACAAAGACAUUUGUGACAAUUAUUUAUGCACUGAAUAAUGAACAAUUUGAUUGUCAAGUAGGAGUACGAGGUGCGAAUAGUAUUAUGGUUUCGGACUUUGACUUUCAUGAAUCUCAUCGCAUGGUAAAGGUUAAAAAAUAUUUCUUCACAGCGUAAAUAAAAACGCCCUAUUUAAAAUAAAUGCUUUAUAAAAAAUAAACGGAUAUCAUUCGAAAAA